AUGGGCGGAAAAACUUUCGUCGGGCCUGGCGUGGGAUUUGGCGCCGGCGCGGGCUGCGGCUUCGGCAUCGGCUGGGGGUUCGGCGGCGGCCCCAUCGGCUUUGGAGGCCUGGGCGUAGGUGGUGGCUGCGGCGUUGGCCUUGGCCUCGGCUGGGGAUUCGGCGCCGCAUGGGGCAGCAGCUACCGCAUUGGGGAUCCCGAGUUUGGGGACCCCGGGUCAGCCCCGACCAAGCCGCGCUGGUUCUCCCAGCUGCAGCAGCAGCUGCGCAUCGCCAAGUUUGAGGCGUCGCACCACGAGCCCCGCUGA